AUGCCCGCGCGGCCAAAGCGCAUUCCGCGCACGAAUCGGUCUCGCUGGACACCUUCGGACCCGAUGCGUCAUCAACCCAACAACGUCUACCUCUUCUCCCACUCACGCCCCUGCCGCAAACCCCGCUCCGGCCACCACCCCGUCACCGCCGACCACACUGUCGUUGCCCCGCUGCCAUUAUCCACCGACAUCUGCCCUGCCCCAAACCCUGCACUGAGCGCAGCGGCGGUCAGCAUCACCACCACGACCUCAUGCACUCCCCUCGAUGAUAAGACGACGUCUGAUGUCCCACCACCACCAACACUUCCACCUCCAGCGAUAUGGACUCAGUUCAUACCCCUCCCCAUUGCGAUCGCGCUUUCCCCUCAUGCAUCGGCCUGGUCAGUCACUUGCAAAUCCAUUGCACGGAGACUGACCGCAUCCGCCUUAACUGCCCUCACUGCUCCGUACGUUCACUCACCGCAUGGGCUUCUUAGGCCAUAUGCGCACGAACGAAAAGCUGUGGGAGACAACCGCCGACUAUAUUACACAUCCUCCGCCAACGACCGCAUCACACAACAAUAA